AUGGCUGCGGAUGCUGAAUGGGAGGAAGGAGAGAUGUAUUGUAAUACCAGAGGAGGACAUCUCGUAUCACUUCACUCACAUGACGAAGAGCAAUUCGCAAAGGAACUUGCUGGUCCCGAUAACGAAUUUUGGAUUGGGAUGACACAGAAAGAUAAUACCGGUUAUAAGUGGACUGAUGGAACAGAAAUCGAUUAUCUAAAUUGGGGUGAAGACCAACCAAGCGAUGGUUUUUUUAUGUAUGAUGAAGACUGUGUCACAACAAAUGACCCUAGUCGCAAAAUCGAUAACCAAUGGAACGAUGUCAACUGCAAUAGACAGCGUUACUUUGUAUGCAAGACUCUGGCAAUUAACAGUUAA